AUGCUCUCGAGCUCGUACGAUUAUAAAAUGGCGAGACAUACAUGCUCUGCUUGUGAUGCUCAUCGCGUGAUGAGUUUGUUUCUCCAUAGGAGAUCGGACAUGGCGUUUCCCCUGGUUGCUCUGUUUUUCAUGAUCUCGGCUAGGUGGUGCCUGGAGAUCGCUCAUGCCGGACGCCAGGUGUUCGACGUUAUGGACUUCGGCGCCAUUGCCGACGGAGAGACGGAUGACUCAAAGGCUUUCAUAAGGGCGUGGAUGAAGGCGUGCGCGUCGCCGGGGAGGCCGGCCGUCGUGGUCCCCAAGGGCGAGUACCGGCUCCAGCCAGUGGUCUUCCGCGGUCCGUGCAAGGGCUACAUGCAGGUGCGCCUCGCCGGCGACCUCCGCGCACCGGACGACCUGGCCGCGUUUCGGGGCAGCCACGAGUGGAUCAACUUCGCCAGCAUCGACGGGCUGCUCGUCACGGGCGGCGGCACAUUCGACGGCCGCGGCGCGUCGUCGUGGCACCUCAACCAGUGCCCAACGAAUCCGAACUGCAAGCCCCUCCCCGUCUCGAUAAAGCUCGGGCGCGUGAGGAACGUUACCAUCACGGGGGUGACGUCGCUGGACAGCAAGUUCUUCCACGUCAUCAUCAUCGGCAGCCAGGACGUGUCCAUCCAUCGCGUCACCAUCCGGGCGCCGCGGGACAGCCCCAACACGGACGGCGUCCACAUCCAGGGCUCCUCCAACGUGCGCAUCACCGACACGGCCAUCGCCACGGGGGACGACUGCAUCUCCGUCGGCCCGGGGACCGCCGACAUCACCGUGUCCGGGGUGUCCUGCGGACCCGGCCACGGCAUCAGCGUGGGCAGCCUCGGGAGGCACCCAGGCGAGGAGGACGUGCGCGGGCUGCGCGUGUCCAACUGCACCCUCGCCGGCACCGCCAACGGCGUACGCAUCAAGACUUGGCGCGGCGGGCUCCGUCCGGGCUCCGUCGUGUCCGGUCUCGUCUUCGAGGACAUCGUCAUGAGGAAGGUCCGGAACCCCAUCAUCAUCGACCAGGAGUACUGCCCCUACAGCUCCAGCUCCUGCCGCCAUGAAUCGGCGCAGCGGCCGUCCGUGGUGAAGAUAAGCGAUGUAAAGUUCAAGAACAUCAGGGGCGUGUCGGCGACCCAGGUCGCGGUGAAGCUGUCGUGCAGCGGCGCGAGCCCGUGCCAUGGACUGGAGCUCAGGGACAUCGACCUGACGUACGUCAAGCGCGGCGUCGCCACAGAGUCGCGGUGCGAAAACGUCGCCGGUGGUAUCGCCGGCGGCAUGCUCGUACCUCCCUCAUGUAUAUGA